GGCCCAAGGCGGACGGAGCCGCAGACUGCAGCCAGAGGCCCAUGCCCUCGGCGGAGGAGGUGCUCUCCUGGGGCCAGUCCUUCGACAGGCUGAUGGAGUGCCCGGCCGGCAGGUGCUCCUUCCGGGACUUCCUGCGGACGGAGUUCAGCGAGGAGAACAUGCUGUUCUGGCAGGCCUGUGAGGACCUGCGCGCCGAGGCGGGGAAGGCCGGGGUGGAGGACCGCGCCCGGGUCGUCUACGAGGACUACAUCUCCAUCCUGUCGCCCAAAGAGGUGAGUCUGGACUCACGGGUUCGAGAAGUGAUCAACAGGAACAUGCAGGAGCCACGGCACACGUUCGACGAUGCUCAGCUCCAGAUCUACACCCUGAUGCAGAGAGACUCUUAUCCCCGCUACAUCAGCUCACCUGCCUACAAAACCCUGCUGAAGACGGUCUCAGAUCAGUCCCCCGAAUCUUAGCUACAAUCCGCUGGGCUAAAAAACCCUGCUGAAAACAGUGUCAGAACAGUCUCCCAAAUCUUAGCUACAUCAACUCAUCGACCAACAAACUCCAACUGAAGACGGUCUCAGAACAGUCCCCUGAAUCUUAGCUCCAUCAAAUCAUCGGCCUACAAAACCCUGCUGGAGACCGAACAGUUUAAUCUUACCUCCAGGCCCCGUAAAAAACCUCUAAAACCUCCCUUAGUCAUGUGACUUCAUUCGUGCAGGGCGUGUCAGACAGUUGAGCCGUGGAGUCCCUCUCCUGCCCAACCCCACCCCCUAGUGGGCGGGGGCCGCCCUACAGGUGUGUCCCAGCUCAGGUGAAUCUCAGGUCUCCAGCGGAGAUCCAGCGAGCUCCAGAAGAAAAAGAAAAAGAAUAAAUAAAUGUCAACGCCAUCGGAACAACAAAGCCGCGAAAAGCGCCAAAGGAUACUGGUUAUGGUCUGACCUUUAUAUGUCUUUGUGUUAUUAAUAUGUUUUUGUAUUAUUGUGUUGGAGGAAGAGGACAAAAGCCUGUGGGCUUUUUUUUUUUAUCUGUAAAUUCAAAUUGUAGAUU